CUACCAGUUGCCUAGUGACGAAAAAACUAUCCAUCGCUGCUGAUUUCCUGCGUUUCCAAAAUGUCAUCCCUGCCGCUGAGCUAGCGGGAAGUUUUUUUUACCCCCUCCAGUAGAUUUCGCGUGUUUGCGUCGCAUUCACAGCUCGAUGUGGGACUGAAUCCGGGCAGUAUCCUCGGCCGGAGGGUCCCGUAACAUUUCAGCGUGUCGGGCCGCGUUAUGAAGCGUUUUGAGGAAUGAUGAAUGAUUAUGCUUUCAUCAGGGUCGUUGGGAAAGGGAGCUAUGGGGAAGUGAACUUGGUGAAACACAAAACAGACCGAAAACAGUAUGUUAUAAAGAGGUUGAAUUUGACCACCUCCUCCAAGCGAGAACGGCGUGCUGCAGAGCAGGAGGCGCAGCUGCUGUCCCAACUGCGGCACCCCAACAUUGUAACUUAUAAGGAGUCCUGGGAAGGAGAUGACUGUCAGCUGUACAUUGUGAUGGGUUUCUGUGAAGGCGGGGACCUCUAUCACAGGCUUAAAGAACAAAAAGGAGAGCUGUUACCCGAGAGGCAGGUGGUGGAGUGGUUUGUCCAGAUAGCCAUGGCACUACAGUACCUUCAUGAGAGGAACAUUCUUCAUCGGGACCUUAAAACACAGAAUAUCUUCCUGACAAAAACCAACAUAAUUAAAGUGGGGGACCUUGGCAUUGCACGAGUAUUGGAGAACCAUAAUGAUAUGGCCAGCACACUCAUAGGGACCCCAUACUAUAUGAGUCCAGAACUCUUCUCUAAUAAACCCUACAACCACAAGUCAGAUGUGUGGGCCCUGGGCUGCUGUGUGUAUGAGAUGUCCACACUGAAACAUGCCUUCAAUGCGAAGGACAUGAACUCGCUGGUGUAUCGUAUCGUAGAAGGAAAGCUGCCACAGAUGCCCAGUAGGUAUGAUCCUCAACUUGGAAAUUUGAUCAAGAGCAUGCUGUCUAAGAAACCGGAUGACAGGCCUGAUGUCAAACUCAUCCUCCGGCAGCCCUACAUAAAACGACAAAUUGCCAUGUUCCUUGAGGCAACAAAAGAAAAAACUGCCAAAUCAAGAAAAAAGCCCGUUGGUGGCAGUGAUGACUGUGGGGCCAACAGUGUGUCACCUGUGACAUCAUGCCAGCCAAAACCUGAGAGGCUGCAUCCCAGUCCACAACCUGAGCCUCUCGCCAGGGUAAAGCGGAAAGAAGACAAAUCACAACACUUUAAAGGUCGGAAUGGUGUGGUAGACUGCACUCCCAUCCAGACACCUCUGCCAGUCAAGCCUUCUUCGCCUGAUGCUCUCAAAGCAUCUCUGCUUACUGUCAGCAACAUUGAUAUUGAUAUCCCUGUGCAGCAGGACAAUGACCUGAAACGGAGACAGGUGCAGGGGCCCCAGUCUGUUGUGUCACACCACCGGGCAGCUAAUGAACCUCUCAUUCACAGUGUGUGCAAAGACAGCAAGGGCAGAGGGAAACCAGAUCCCUCUCCCCCUCCUUCUCCAGUUAAGCCCCCUCUGAAGUCCGCAUCAGGUGUUUGCAGUAUGGGAGGAGACGAGGGGAGGGCAACCAAUGAAUUGUCGAACAUUUCACAACGGGCCACACCGAACCCUGGGGACACGUUUUCUAUCUUAGGGGAGAAAAAGAUGUCAGAUAUGGAUGAUAAGGAUGAUACCAUGGAGUUACUUAAAAAGGCUGAUGCACAGAAUCCAAAUCUAGAAAACAUCGAAGAGGUUGUGGAAGUGGAUGCAGACGACAAGAAUAACACUGUGACUCUCAUCAAGCAAGCGCCAACACAAGACGUACGUACCUCAGACAUGCGAGACAGCCUAGAAUCUACUGAAAAGCUGUUAGAGCCAGUCUGUCCAACACUGGAACCUGUUAAGGAGGAAUCACCCUCACAAGCCAGUAAGCCAGAUCGAGCUGCUCCAUGUCCAACUCCUCUGUACUUCUCAUCAGAACCAUCUAUAUCACAGCAACACAGGGGAAAACACACAAGGCGGAAACAUGGGGACCAGGACAAGCCCAAGGGGGCUGCUCUUAGACCUUUACCUCAGCUUCCUGUUGACCGUGUAGCUGUGGAGGGGAAAAAGAGGAGCAGGAGGGGCACAGAAAGCAAGAAAGCUGACAUUACUGUGACCUCAGAAUCAGUUAGCCCCCAUGACAAUGGACUUUUACCACUACCACAGGAUCGUCCUCUCUCUGCCAGAGAGAGAAGAAGACUGAGGCAGUCCCAAGAGAGUGCCAGCCAACCAGGUGCUAGCGCUGUACGAAGGGCAUCUUGUGAUGUCACGUCCACCAAGGCUGAGUGCCACGGUGCCCCAUUUACUCGAUCUGUUUCUGCAUCUUUCACAGAGUCCAGCAGUAAGCAGGAUAAGUUUCUGGAACAAAAGUCAGAUGAAGAUGAAUGCAGCUCAUCCACAAGUUCCACAGAGCGUUCAGAAGGAGACUGCAGGGAAAGAAAGACUGAAUCCAGUGAAAUGCAUGACCUAGUCGAUAUGAUGACUCAGACUUUGAGAAUGGAUGCUGGAGACGGUGUAAGUGAGGGGGACAAAGGAAGAUUCGGCUCUACUGCACUGCCAGAGUUUAAACUGAACAGGAAGUACAGAGACACCCUGGUGCUUCAUGGGAAGGCUCGAGAGAAAGUGGAGAACUUGUCACUUGGUGAAAUACCAAUAGAAGGCUCUCCUUCUGGUCCAGCCAAGAUAAGAAGAGCCAUAGAACGCCUGAGAACAGAUGUGGUAAAAGGCCUGGGGGUCAAGCUGUUGGACAGAGUGCUGGAAGUGAUGGAGGAGGAGGAUGAUAUCAAAAGAGAACUGUGCCUUCGUGACCUGAUGGGAGACGAGAAGUACCAAGCUUAUGCUGUGAUGGUGAGGCAGCUGAAAUUAUUUGAGGAUAUUGCCUUCAAGGUUUAAAAAGCAGUAUACAUGUAAGCUUACACAUUUUUCACAAUCGUGUGUGGAAAACCUGCGUGAAGGUGGAGGCACAUAUCAUGAUUGAUGCUGCAUAUCAAGAUGGUCUUUGUAUGAAAUGCAUCAGCUUUGAGGUUCAAACAUGGACUGAAUUAAAAACUGUUCAAAGGCAACUUUUUCCUGCCAGUACCAAUGUGGUUGUUUGGGGCUGUUACAUUUUCCCUCCUGUCAUACAGGUAUAAUCUUAUAUGGGCAAUCACAUGUAAAUGACUGUAUUUUUUUUUUUUUAAACUUCAUUUCAAUAUAAACACAAAAUGUGAAAUUAAUCUUAUUUUCUACAUGCCUAUGCAAAGAUUUGUCAUGUUAAAGCACUCUCUCUUUCUACUUGCUAUAGUGGAAUAUCCCUUUAUUUAGAAUGGAAGCCAGAAUUUCUAUAAUUGUUUCAUCUGUUGAGGACACUAGAUCUUCCUCCUACUGCUCGACUGUAUUUUCUCAUACCCCAAAUAAUGUAAACUAGACAUACUGUAGAUAUUAACAUUUGAAUAAUUUCUAAUAAAUCUUGUAUGCAUUU